GAACUGUGAGAUCAUGACCUGAGCUGAAACCAAGAGUCAGAUAUUUAACUGACUGUGUCACCCAGGCACCCUAUGGUGAUUCAUUUUCUAGUACAGUCUUGAGGCCACAGGAACCAGGUGAGGGGUGGCUGACCCAAAAGAGGAAUCAACAACCAGACGCACAGGUGGCCAGUGCGUCUUUGAGAUGCUGAUGGCUGCAGGAUGUUGGGCGGUCAGGAAGUGGGCACGGGCGCCGAGAGCCCUGCCUGAACAGAUGGCAGGCACGAGCCUCUGCUGGUGCUGGUGUCCUGCAGGGGGUGCCCCCAUCAGGUGACAGUGACAGGCAGGACAGCGGUGGGGGGGGGGUUGGGUCUCCUGGACUUCCUAUCUCCUGACCUUGCGCUCUGUAUUAAAUACCUUUCUGUCUAAGAUUUCUCAAGUGGUGUUGAUUUCCCUGCCCAAGCUCUGUCCGAUGAACCUGACCAAGGAAAGGAUGCUUCCAGUCCCCUCCUAAGUGCACACGUUCCUGCGGUACUGUCAAAAAGGACAAACGCCCGAGCUGCAUUUCAGAUGCAGAAAAGGAAAACUCCGUGCGACAGUGAGGAAGGAGGGGAAGGAGGAGAAAGAGUCUCCUCCAGGCAGCGCCUGAACUACCUUCAGCUCCGUGCGCCCUUCUUUGGGGCCUGGGUCAUCUGCAAGGGUGGCAGGACUAGGGCUCAUUCUGGAGCUCUUCUGUCCUUCGGGAGCCCUGUCCUGAGGGCUCCCGACGCGGGCGGGACAGGGACUGCAGGGCCUCCUCGUACUUCUGGAGCUGAGACCAGAACCCAGGGUUGGGCUCGGCCACCGGGCGAGCACUCUUCACCGCCUGAGAACGAGAGGCUUAGGCUGAACGCGGAGCCACAAGGUGCCUCGAACCUCUAACGCCUGGAGCCCCGCCGCGCCCGGAAGGCCCGCCCCACCAGCAGGUCCGUCCAAUCCCGCAGGUCGGUCCCACCCGGAGUCCCUCCUGGGAGCCCCGCCCCGCCGGGAAGGCCUGCGCCCCCUGGGUCCCCUCCUGGGAGCCCCGCCCCACCUGGAAGGCCUGCGCCAAGCUGAGGCCGCGGUGCCGCAUGAGGUAGGCGGUGCACACGGUGGCCGAGCGGCUGCGGCCGUUCUUGCAGUAGACCAGGCAGGCGCCGCCGGCGCGCACCGCGGCCUCCAUGGCGGCGCACGUGGGCUCCAGGUGCGUCAGCAGGUCCUCGGCCGGGUCGUCGAACACUGGCACGCGCAGCUCGGCGACGCCGGGCGCGCGCGGGCCGGACACGAAAUUUGGUUCGAAGAAGAGAGGCAUGGCAAGUGGGCGUCCUUCGUGUUAUGGAGUCCCAGAUGAUGACGUCUCUGAAAAUCAGCUGGCAGGGAGGGGCAGCCAGCCUGCUGCCACCGACUUCCUGGGGACCCUGGAAAUGCUCUCUACCAAAAGGGACAUCCCAGAGGCCCCGGAGGAGGAGGAGGAGGAGUCCGAGGGCCCCCCCAGGGAGCAGGACCUGAAGGAGGCCUACGUCCAGCUGGCCCGAGGUGUGCAGGAGUGGCAGGACGGCUGUGUGUACCAAGGGGACUUCGGGCUGGACAUGAAGCUGGGGCACGGCGAAUUCUCUUGGCCCACGGGCGAGUCCUACCGCGGGCAGUUUUACCGGGAUCACCGCCACGGGCUGGGCACCUACCAGUGGCCCGACGGCUCCAGCUUCACAGGCAUGUUUUACCUAAGCUGUCGAGAAGGCUAUGGUGCCAUGUACAUGAAAUCCAGGCUUUUCCAGGGGCUGUACAAAGCGGACGAGCGGUUUGGGCCGGGCGUGGAGACCCACCCGGACGGCAGGCAGGACGUGGGGCUGUGGUUCCGGGAGCACCUCAUCAAGCUGUGCACCGAGGGGCCCCGCAGCUUCUCCCUCCGCGAGUACCCCGAGUACACGGGCCUGCUCAGGCGCGGCCCCGCCGGAGGCAGCCCCGCGGCCGCCGAGGACGCAGCCCCGGGCCCGCCGGAGGGGCAGGACCCCUUCUUCUACGACUACAAGCGGUUUCUCCUGGACGAUGACCUGACUCUGCCUCCAGAAAUGUACAUUUACUCGACCGACAACAGCCACCUGCCCGUGACCUGCUCCUUCCGCAAGGAGUUAGAUGCCCGAGUCUUCCUUAGCGACGUCCCUCCGUUUGUUGAGGACGGAGAGCCCUGGUGUACAGCAAACGAGACUCCUCUGAUGGUCAGGAUCCAGAAGCACACUUACAAGUACAGGGUUUGGCGAAGUGCUGGAGGCCUGCAGGCCACUCUCAGCCCUGAGCACCGGCCCCAGCUAGAGAGAUUGGGAUCUCCAGCCAUGCCGGUGAUUCCCAAACUGUGCUUCUCACCCCCUGACAUGGCCACGGAGCCCCUCUAUUUUGAGGAACCGGUGCCCACCCCAGGCAGCCAGGAGCAGAAGUCGGUCGGGCAGGUCAGCAAGGACCGUCUCUUUCCUGGAGCCCGGCUGUCUCCGGAGUCCCCCAGCCUGGCGAGCAGCUCUCGGACACAGGACUUUGUGUCCCCGUGGGGCAGCACCAGCGAGCUGGACGCGGGGCCGGAUGGCAUGGCGGGGAGUGUGGACGGGUGCACGCCGGGCGGCUGGGAGGCAGACUUCGGGUCCGCCAUCUGUGUGCGCGACUUCUCCUUCGAGCUGUCCCAGGACCUCCUGGAGCGGAGCGCCCAGGCCCACAGCGCGCUGAGGGGCCCCUCCUUCAGUGCCACCAGCCCCGACAAGGGCACCAUGAGGAAGAUGGCGCUGGCCAUGGUGGAACACAGAAACAGGUGGCUGACCAUCGAGCUCCUGCUGCGCCGAGGCGCGGACCCCAACCUGGGCCGUGUGCCCAUGCAGGCCCUCUUCCUGGCUGUGAAGGCCGGGGACGCGGCCGGCGUGAGGCUGCUGCUGGAGAGCGGGGCCAGGACGGACAUCCGGCUCCCCGUGGAGCUGGGGGCUGUGACACCCCUGCACAUCGCAGCCGCCCUUCCCGGGGAGGAGGGCGUCAAGAUAACGGAGCUGCUGCUGCACGCCAUCACCGACGUGGACGCCAGGGCGGCCGACCAGGGUGACGUGUACAAGCUGAGCAAGCCAGGGUCGUUGCCCUCAAGCCUGAAGCUCAACAAUGAAGCCGGCCCGGCCAGCAUCUACUACCGUGGGCACACGUGUGCGCCAGAGGAGGGGGGCAGGACGGCCCUGCACGUGGCCUGUGAGCGUGAGGACGACGACAAGUGUGCCAGGGACACGGUCCGGCUCCUCCUCGCCCACAGAGCGAACCCCAACCUGCUGUGGAGCGGCCACUCCCCGCUCUCCCUGUCCAUCGCCAGCGGGAAUGACCUGGUCGUGAAGGAGCUGCUGUCCCAGGGAGCCGACCCCAACCUGCUGCUGACCAGAGGCCUGGGCAGCGCCUUGUGUGUCGCCUGCGACCUCACCUAUGAGCACCAGAGGAGCAUGGAGAGCAAGCUGGCCCUGAUUGACCGGCUCAUCGAUCACGGGGCUGACAUCCUGAACCCCGUGACGCUCACGCAGGGGGACAAGGUGGCUGUGGGCACCGCUGUCGAUUACGGGUAUUUCAGAUUCUACCAGGACCGGAGGAUCGCCCACUGCCCCUUCCACGCGCUCAUGCCGGCCGAGCGGGAGGUCUUCCUGGCCCGGAAGAGGGUCCUGGAGUACAUGGGCUUCCAGCUGCGCCGCGCCGUCUUCGCCAAGGAGAGCCAGUGGGACCCGACGGUGCUGUACCUGAGCAAGAGAGCGGAGCUGAACCCCUGCCACAGGCUGAAGCGGAAAAGCGCGAGCCUGACCCAGCCGCUGCACUUGCAGGAGCACGAGCUGAUCCCCUUCUUCAAGUUCUGCUACCACUGUGGCCGCUCGAUUGGGGUGCACCUCGUGCCCUGCACCCACUGCUACGGGAUCCUGACCUGCAGCAAGCACUGCAAGACCAGGGCCUGGAACGACUUCCACAAGAGGGAAUGCGGCAGCCUGACGGCCAUCGCGAGGAAAAUGCAUCCAUCUCUGUUCACACGCAGCUUCCAGAAGACGGCGGUGAGGCUCCGGGGCAAGGAGGCGGGCCAGCAGCCCCCACGCCGGUUACUCUAUUCCUCGUACAGCCACGAGUGACCGUCUAGAGACCUACCUGCCCCCACGGGGAGGGAGGCCUUCCCCACAACCCUCAUCUCCUGGGAGGAGCUAGGCCAAGGGCCACCCAGGACCCCCGGAGGACGGGCAAAUGAGCCCACAGCCGCUGCUCCGCAGGGGAGGCUAGUGUUCGGCUCAGGGGCCCUCGGGGAGCCCCCCACGCGGGGCCCCGUCUUCCCUCCCAGGGCACACGGCCUGGUCACCUGUUCCUCAGCGUCCCAGGCCCAGGCGGACAGAGGGCUUUGCUGAAUGUCCGCCAGGCCGACCAGCGCGGCUGCAGCCCCCAAAUAAAGUGGCUCUUUAGUA